AGGAGGAAGCAACUUGGAGAGUGACCUUCAUGUUUCUUUUAAGUGAUUUCUUUUCUUUAGCAUAAGAGUUAAGAGCAAGUGGGCCCCGGAUAUCAUGAGGCUUAUUUUUUUUUUUUUUAAGAUUUAUUUCAUUUUAUUUGAAAGUCAGAGUUACACAGAGAGAGAAGGAGAGACAGAGAGGUCUUCCAUCUGCUGGUUCACUCCUCAGUUGGCUGCAAGGGCGGGAGCUGCGCCAGGAGUUUCUUACAGGUCUCCUACAUGGGUGCACAGGGUCCCAAGGACUUGGGUCAUCUUCUGCUGCUUUCCCACGCCAUAGCAGAGAGCUGGAUCAGAAGUGGAGCAGCCAGGACUUGAACUGGCACCCAUAUGGGAUACCGGCACUGCAGGCAGUGGCUUUACCCACUACACCACAGCGCCGGCCCCACAAGGCUUGGUUCCUUACUGUGUAUUCUUUGGCAAGUUAACUAUAUAUCUGUAUACCUCAUUUUCCCCAUCCUUAAAAAAAGGUGAGAUUAGAUGCAUAAAGUACUUAGCAUAAUGUCUGACAAGGUUAAAUGUUCUAUAAUGGUGGCCAAUUAUUGUGAGAGGCAUACAUUAAGUGUUUUAUUUGUCUUUGUUUUAUCUAUGAUGCUUAACAUCUCUGAUGUGUAGCACCUCUAUUGGCACUAAAUACUGAUAUGUAUGAGAACAGGUAAUUGACCCUUUCUGCAAUUAUGCCAAGUCUAAAAGUAAAAAUUGUAUAACCACUAGACUUUUGCUUAUUGAAUAUAAACUUUAUGGACCAUCAACUAUUGAUAAUUAAGUAGGUGGUUAUGGCAGUUAUUACAGUGACUACAUUUCCUUCCUUUAUGCAUCAAUAUUUUUCUUUUUAAUAAAGAUUUAAUUAUUUAUUUGAGUUACCCAGAGAGAGGGAGAGACAGAAGAGAUCUUCCAUCUACUGGUUCACUCCCUAGAUGGCAGUGAUGGCAGGGGCUGGACCAGACCAAAGCCAGACCAGGAGUUUCAUCCAGGUCUCCCAUGUAGGUCCAGGGGCCCACUGCUUUUCCCAGGGUAUUAGAAGGGAACUGGAUCAGAAGUGGAAUAGCCAGGACUUGAACCAGUACCAAUAUGGGAUGCUGGCAUUGCAUGCAGUUUUAUCCACUAUGCCACAAUGCAGGCCCCACAUCAGUUUUUUAACAAAACAAAAUAGUGUUUAACAAAUAAAUUUUUCUGGAUUAAAAGAAUCAAGUAAUAUUCUCAGUGUAUCUUUAUGUAGAUGAAAGAUUUUUAGUAUAUGAAGUUUUGCUUGAAUGGAAGUGUAUAUGUGUGUGCUUGUAAUAUUUACAUGUGGGGGAUCGAAAGAGAUCUAGUCUGCAUUUCUAAUUUUUCAGUUCCUCUUAAUAAACAUAAUUUUAAAUGCUUCUCUACUACUCUGUUUACCUGUAUAGUGAAUAAUAGUAACACUCUUUUAUGUUUCUUUUUUCUUUACAUGAUUCAUACAGGCAUUUUCUGAGCAUCCUUAUGAAAGUAAAGAAUGCCCUUAUUGAGGAAAGAAAUGAGUAUUCUAAGGUUUCAAAGCUGACUGUAAAAUUUCUUUAACUUCUAUCUUAGGUUAUGAUUUGCUGACAAAAUAAAACAGAUGCUCCCUGAAACAAAAGCAAAGGAAAAAAAUGCCUGCAAAGAAACAACCCAAAAAAGAUCUUUAAGGGCUUCUUAUUUUACCUUUUUAAAAAAUGCAUGUAAAUGUUUCCAAAAGAAAAAUAUUAACCAUUUUCAUGUAAAUUCUAGGUUUUGGAACUUGCAAUAUAGUUCUAAGAAUUAAAAAUAUUUGAUUAAAAUAUUAUGGGGAUAAAUGGCCUUUUGAAAAGAUUUUUGUCUGUUUAAGAAAUGUUUUGAUGGAUUUGUUAGAUUUACGUGCUUCUUAAAAAACUUAAAAGAUGGAAUUCAACAUGUAACCAGGGUUUUUAGGGGUCCAUUUAUAGGAGUUUGGUACAAAAUUGGAAACAGCUGGCAGUGUUAUAUAAAGCAACCCAACAACCUAUCGGCUGAGAAUAUAAUGUAGUGAGUGUUGCAUUUGCAUGUCUUGUCUUAAAUGACUUCAUUUGUUUUGUUUGCUUCUAAGUUAUCAAAAGUAGGAAUCAGGCUUUCUGUUUUUAACAAUUGUAAUAUCCCAAAGUCACAAAUCAGAUCCUCGAUGGCUUGAUUCUGAUCUUUUCAUAUGCUAAGGCUUUUUGUUUUGUUUUACCAAGUUAUUUUACUAGCUCCUUAAUCUUAAAUUGAAAUUUUAGAAAUCUCAGUCUGUAUUUCUCAAGAUAAUUUACUAAGUAUUAUACAAUGUACAUUAAAAGAGUGGACUUGUAUAUAAAAUUGACCAAGUUAAAGUAAAUUUUUCUCUCAUUGUGCCAUAUGCAUUUUUGGACAGUUUUUCCUUGUUGAUGUGUUUUAGUUCUAUGUUUGUCUCUUGAUUAACAAAAUUAGACCAUGAUGAUUAAAAUCCAUCCUCCUUGUAAUUUUGGCUUUUAACAUAUUAGCAGUGGCUAUUUUUCUGUUUCAGACAGCCCAGUUUGGGAGUUCUAGAGAAAGUAGAUAAAAGCCUUAUUAUGUUUAUAUUAAGCAUUCUGAUUUCUAGUGUAAAUACCUUUAAAAUGAUAAAUACUUCCCCCUCCCUUUUUUAGUGGAAUGGAGGUUUAGGGAAAUCUCUCAGGAAAUUGAAAAUUAUAGUAAUAUUUUUGGACCAGGAGAAUCUUUGAUGUUGAUUUAAUCAUUUGCGGCGCAGAUUUAAAAAAAUAAAUAAAACUUGGGACUUUUAAAACUACCUUUAAAAAAAACACUUUAAAGUAUUCCUGAAAUGGAACUGCUCACUGACACCUAGAGAGAAGUUUGAUUUAGAAGAAUUCAAGAGUGAUCAAAGAAGGAAUGAUUGUUCCAGUUUGGAAAUCUCUGUGCAUGGGUUACAGUCUUGUUGCGAUUGGUUGGAAAGUAAACUAUUUUCUUGAACUAUGAUUGGCUAAAAUCCUUUUCUUUCCACGAUAUUUACUUUUUAAUAUAACUGAUUCUGGAGCCUUUCCCUGUUUUCAUAUCUGACAAGGGCGUUUGAGCUGUGUACCAGUACUAAAAGUACAGAUUGGUGCAGAGACAAUUUGUGAAAUUUAAGGAUGCUGACAAAAGCCCACAGCAGAUCGCGUAGGGUUCCUUAUAACAAAGCAGUGGCGUGUAAAUCUCUGAACAGCUCACACAGAAAUUAGUGUCGCUGUAAUUGGAAACAUUAAAGGAUGUUAGCCUUUUCUCCUUUUCCAUUUAAAUUCGUGGACUGUUGUUCCGCUGUGAUUGAGUUCUGUGGGCAUCGCUUCGCAUUACUGCUGGGACUGCAGUACUAAUUCGGGCUAAAUUCAUGCUAACCCAGACGGCAGGCGCCAUGUGCUCAUCUGGAGAUGAGGCGUUUAACCUGGAGUUUAUUUUGUGGUCCAGUGCCAUCAGCACACUGCACUUUCACCUCCCCCUCACCUCUGAGGGAGCGGCGAAUACAAAGGUGGACCCCACACGCUGUGUGCCGUAUUGCUGAAGCAGAGUACUAGCUUCCCCCGCGCCUUGGCCCUGGAGCAGCAGUCAGCUGCAACCUGGCAGUUCCCGCGGCCGCCGCAGCGCCGGGCACUACUUUCCGUCUGCGGUGGUUCCGCCGACCCUCUCUCUGCUCCCUCCCCCCGCCGCGCCGGCGGAAGGAGACGCGCGGCGCGCUCGCGGCCGAGCCAGCGCCUGGGAGGCGGAGUAGUACUGGCCGCGGCGCUGUGGCGGCGGCGGCCGCCGGAGCUGCGUGUGGGGUUUCUGUCAGUUUUUAUGGGUGUGUGUGUGUGUGAGUGUUUAUGUAGCUGCAGCCCCAAGUUGUGAGUCUGGGCGCCUUGGGAGCUGUUGGGGACACCGAGCGACCGAGGUCGCUGCGUCCUCCAGGCAGAGCGUCCGGUGCGCCCCGAGUCCGCGCGCUCUCGCUCGUGGGACCGCCGCCGUCUCCCGGUCCGGUCUCCGCAGCAUGAGCGGCCGGUAGGAGCCGAGUUUCGCAGUUCCUCUCUCUGGAGAAUACAGCGGUCGCUUAAGCAGCUACGGCCAUGGCGGUGGAGACGCGGCCGGAGCUGGUGGGGAAGCGGUUCCUCUGUGUGGCGGUCGGCGAUGAGGCGCGUCCGGAGCGCGGGGAGAGCGGACGCAGUUGGCGGAGCUGGCGAGCCGGGGUCAUCCGAGCCGUGUCACACCGGGACAGUAGCAAUCCAGACUUGGCGUUUUCUACUCAAUUCUCCUUGGUGGAGAAGAUGGAUGCAAAGCAGGAGGUAUAUGUGGAAUUUGAUGAUCUUGAAUGGGAUAAACGAGAGUGGGUUAAAGUUUAUGAAGAUUUUUCAACUUUCUUGGUGGAAUACCACUUAAUCUGGGCCAAAAGGAAUGACCCUAGUCAGACUCAGGGAUCAAAGAGCAAACAGAUUCAGUGGCCUGCAUUGACUUUCAAACCCCUGGUUGAAAAAAGUAUACCCAGUUCAAUCACUGCAGUAGAAUUCCUUGUAGAUAAACAACUGGAUUUUUUAACUAAAGAUAGUGCCUUUCAACCUUACCAGCACUUACAGAGAGAGAGAGAGGUCUUCCAACCACUGGUUCACUCCCGAGAUGGCCACAACGGCCGGAGCUGCGCCGACCGGAAGCCAGGAGCUGAGAGCUUCUUCCAAGUCUCCCAUGACGACAUAGACAGCCUAAACCCAGUUCUCAGGGACAACCCGCAGCUUCACGAGGAAGUGAAAGUCUGGGUAAAGGAACAAAAGGUUCAGGAGAUUUUUAUGCAAGGUCCUUAUUCUUUAAAUGGAUAUAGAGUGAGAGUAUAUAGACAAGACUCUGCCACCCAGUGGUUUACUGGUAUAAUUACUCAUCAUGAUCUCUUCACCCGCACCAUGAUCGUUAUGAAUGAUCAGGUACUAGAACCACAGAAUGUCGAUCCUUCUAUGGUUCAAAUGACCUUUCUAGAUGAUGUUGUUCACUCUUUGUUAAAAGGUGAAAAUAUUGGCAUUACAUCACGACGUAGAUCUCGUGCCAAUCAAAAUAUCAACACUGUUCACGGUCAUUAUACGCGUGCCCAAGCAAAUAGUCCCAGACCAGCAAUGAGCUCCCAAGCUGCUGUACCAAAACAGAAUAUACACCAGCAACAACAACACAGGAAUAUCCGUCCAAGUAAGAGGAAAGGCUCAGAUAGCAGUAUACCAGAUGAAGAGAAAGUGAAGGAGGAAAAAUACGAUUACGUAUCACGAGGAGAAAAUCCUAAAGGUAAAAACAAACACUUGGUGAAUAAAAGGAGGAAACCUGAGGAGGAUGAAAAGAAACUAAGUAUGAAACGACUUAGAACUGACAAUGCUUCAGACUUUUCUGAGAGCAGUGAUUCAGAAAAUUCAAAUAAGAGAGUUACAGAUAAUUCCUCAGAGCAAAAGCCAGAGGAUGAAUUAAAAAAUAAAAGUGCUUCAAAGGUAAAUGGAGAAGAAGGGAAAUCCCAGAAUAAUGAGAAGGCAGGAGAAGAAACAUUGACAGAUAUCCAGCCUACCUGGGAUCAACUACAGGAUGAUAAAAAACCUCAAGAAGCAGAAAAGCGGAAAUGUGUUGACACACAGCUACAAGAAAAAAUGAUUAUCCAUUCAUCCGAACAGGCUACACUUUCUGAUCAUAAUUCUAAUGAUGUACUUCUUCAAGAAUCUAAAGGGGAAAAUACACAUACAGUGGAAUUAUUACCAAAGGAAAAGUUUGUGUCCAGACCACCAACACCAAAAUGUGUUAUUGAUAUUACAAAUGACACUAACUCAGAAAAGAUGGCUCAGGAAAACUCAAAUACGUUUGGCCUUCAAAAACUAGAUCCUAAUGUUAGUGAUUCAAAACAUUCAAUUGCAAAUACAAAAUACUUGGAAACAGCAAAACAAGAUUCUGACCAGAGCUGGGUCAGUGAUGUAGUUAAAGUGGAUUUAACCCAGGCAAAUGUUAUAAAUGCUUCUUCAGGAAAUGAUCAUCUAAAUAUAGAAAAAGAGAAAAAUCAGUUUGUUUCUUACAUGUCUUCUCAAAGUGCAGUUUCUGUCACAGAAGAUAAGCUACAUAAGCGAAGUCCACCCCCUGAGACAAUAAAAUCUAAGCUUAAUGUUUCAGUAGAUGCUCACAAGGCAAAAUCCAAUCCUUCACCUGAAGUUAAACCCAAAAUUACUCAUUCUCCUGAUUCUUUAAAGUCUAAGGGUACUCAUGUGAAUAGCCAGGCCACUGGUGAAAGAAGACUGGCAAAUAAGAUAGAACAUGAAUUAUCAAGAUGCAGUUUUCACCCAGUUCCUACUCGAGGCAGUGCAUUGGAAAACACAAAGAGCCCUCUGAUCAUUGAUAAAAAUGAACAUUUCACAGUUUACAGAGAUCCUGCUCUUAUUGGGCCAGAAACAGGAGCUAAUCACAUUUCACCUUUCUUAAGCCAACAUCCUUUUCCUCUUCAUUCCUCAUCACAUAGAACCUGUUUAAAUCCAGGUACCCAUCACCCUGCCUUAACUCCUGCACCCCACCUACUAGCUGGAUCAUCCAGUCAAACUCCAUUGCCUACCAUUAACAAUCAUCCUUUGACUAGUGGUCCACACCAUUCUGUUCAUCACCCUCAUUUACUUCCUACUAUGUUACCUGGAGUGCCUGCUGCCUCCUUACUUGGUGGCCCCCCGCGACUAGAGAGUGCUCAUGCCAGCAGCUUAAGCCACUUAGCACUAGCACACCAGCAACAACAACAGUUGUUACAGCACCAGUCACCUCAUCUUCUUGGACAAGCCCAUCCUUCUGCUUCAUAUAAUCAGCUUGGACUUUAUCCAAUUAUUUGGCAGUAUCCAAAUGGCACACAUGCAUACUCAGGACUUGGUUUGCCUUCUUCAAAAUGGGUUCACCCAGAAAAUGCUGUUAAUGCUGAAGCUUCCUUAAGGAGGAAUUCUCCCAGUCCUUGGUUACAUCAGCCCACCCCUGUGACCUCAGCAGAUGGUAUUGGAUUACUUAGUCACAUUCCUGUGAGACCUUCCAGCGCAGAGCCUCAUCGGCCUCUUAAAAUUACAGCACAUUCCAGUCCACCAUUGACAAAAACUUUAGUAGAUCAUCAUAAAGAAGAACUGGAGAGAAAAGCUUUUAUGGAACCAUUGCGGUCUGUUGCAUCCACUUCAGCAAAAAAUGACCUGGAUCUAAAUAGGUCACAGACUGGAAAAGAUUGUCAUUUGCAUAGGCAUUUUAUGGAUCCAGUAUUAAAUCAAUUACAGAGGCCACCCCAGGAGACUGGAGAGAGAUUAAACAAAUACAAGGAGGAACACCGUCGAAUUCUUCAAGAAAGUAUUGAUGUUGCUCCCUUUACAACUAAAAUCAAGGGGCUUGAGGGUGACAGAGAUAAUUAUUGCAGAAUAGCAUCGUCAUCUUCCAGUCCUAAAAGCCAUGUCAUCAAACAAGAUAAAGAUAUGGAACGCUCAGUAUCAGAUCUUUAUAAAAUGAAGCACUCAGUGCCUCAGAGUUUGCCCCAAAGUAAUUAUUUCACUACGUUGUCCAAUAGUGUGGUUAAUGAACCACCAAGAUCAUACCCAUCCAAAGAGAUUUCCAAUAUUUAUGCUGAAAAACAGAGUCAUACCCAUGCAGUAGCAGCUAGUCCUCAAACUCUGACUUCAUUUAUGUCAUCUCUUUCAAAGCCUCCACCUUUGAUUAAACACCAACCAGAAAAUGAAAAUAUAGUAGCUAAGAUGCCUGAACAUCUUCCCCAUCAAGUUGCAUCUCACUCAAUAACAACCUUCAGAAAUGAUUGCAGGAGUCCUACCCAUUUGACAGUUUCAUCUACAAACACACUCCGUAGUAUGCCUGCUUUACAUAGAGCACCAGUAUUUCACCCACCAAUCCAUCACAGUUUGGAAAGAAAAGAAACCAGUUAUAGUAGCCUUUCCCCUCCAACUUUAACUCCAGUAAUGCCAGUAAAUGCUGGUGGGAAAGUUCAAGAAUCACAAAAACCUCCAACCCUAAUUCCUGAGCCAAAAGACUCUCAGGCCAGUUUUAAGAAUUCUUCUGACCAGAGUUUGACAGAAAUGUGGAGAUCUAAUAACCUAAACAAAGAGAAAGCCGAAUGGCAUGUGGAAAAAAGCGGAAAGUCACAUGCUGCUAUGGCAUCUGUCAUUGUGCGUCCACCUUCUAGUACAAAGAUUGAUACCGUGCCAGCAACACAGUUUGCUUCCAAAGAUCGAGUUAGUGAAAGAUCUUCGACCGGGGCAAAUAAAACAGAUUGCCUCAAACCAGCAGAAGCUGGACAGACUGGAAGAAUCAUUCUGCCAAAUGUGAAUUCAGACAAUGCUCAAAUAAAAUCUGAAAAAAACUUUCAGGCUGUCUCCCAGAGCAGCAUGACCAGUUCAGUUAUGUCUGCUGUAAAUACAUUGUGUAACACCAAAACGGAUAUGUUCACGUCUGCAGCCACUACCACCGGUGUUUCCAGCUGGGCUGGUUCAGAAGUCAUUUACUCUUUAUCAAAUACCACUUUGGUCCCUACAGCCUUAGAAUGUACCUCUUCUAAAAGUGUUAGUCAGUCAGUGGCUCAGACAGAAGAAUGCAAGGUCAGCACUACAGCUCCUGUUACGCUAGCCAGUAGUAAGACAGGAAGUGCUGUUCAGUCCAGCUCUGGGUUCUCAGGCACAACUGAUUUUAUCCAUUUAAAAAAGCACAAGGCAGCACUGGCUGCAGCUCAAUCUAAAAGUAGUAAUGUCAAUGAGACUGAACCUAAUGCUGUGAAAAAUCAGACAUCUUCAGUCUCUCUUUCCUUGGAUAGCACUGUAAUCUGUAAUACAAUUAACAAAGCAAACUCCGCAGGAAAUGGGCAAGCAUCCCAGACAAGUCAGCCAAACUACCAUACUAAACUGAAAAAGGCCUGGCUCACAAGACAUUCAGAAGAAGAUAAAAAUACGAAUAAAAUGGAAAGUUCAGGGAAUUCUGUAUCAGAAAUUAUUAAGCCAUGUUCUGUCAACUUAAUAGCCUCUACAUCUAAUGAUAUACAAAAUAGCAUAGAUAGUAAAAUCAUAGUUGAUAAGUACGUGAAAGAUGAUAAAGUUAAUAGGAGAAAAGCCAAAAGAACUUAUGAAUCUGGCUCCGAGAGUGGAGACUCAGAUGAAAGUGAAAGCAAGUCAGAGCAAAGGACUAAAAGGCAACCUAAGCCAACUUACAAAAAGAAGCAAAAUGAUUUACAGAAGAGAAAGGGUGAAAUAGAGGAAGAUUUGAAACCCAAUGGAGUUCUCAGCAGGAGUGCCAAAGAAAAAAGUAAAUUGAAGUUACAGAGCAACAAUAAUAGUGCUGGCAUCCCUCGUUCGGUUUUAAAAGACUGGCGAAAAGUCAAGAAGUUGAAGCAAACUGGAGAAUCCUUUUUACAGGAUGACUCCUGUUGUGAGAUAGGGCCUAAUUUACAAAAGUGCCGAGAAUGUAGACUUAUACGUAGUAAAAAAGGAGAAGAAGCAGCUCACUCACCAGUAUUUUGUAGAUUUUAUUACUUUAGACGAUUGUCAUUUAGUAAAAAUGGAGUGGUUAGAAUAGAUGGUUUCUCUUCUCCUGACCAAUAUGAUGAUGAAGCUAUGAGUUUAUGGACACAUGAAAAUUAUGAAGAUGAUGAAGUAGACAUAGAAACCUCUAAAUAUAUCUUGGAUAUAAUAGGUGAUAAGUUCUGUCAAUUAGUAACAUCUGAAAAAACAGCUUUGUCUUGGGUGAAAAAGGAUGCCAAAAUUGCCUGGAAAAGAGCAGUGAGAGGAGUCCGGGAGAUGUGUGAUGCAUGUGAAGCAACAUUGUUUAACAUUCACUGGGUCUGCCAAAAAUGCGGAUUUGUGGUCUGCUUAGAUUGUUACAAGGCAAAGGAGAGGAAGAGCUCUAGAGAUAAAGAACUAUAUGCUUGGAUGAAGUGUGUGAAGGGACAGCCUCAUGAUCACAAACAUUUAAUGCCAACUCAAAUUAUUCCUGGUUCUGUUUUGACAGAUCUUCUAGAUGCCAUGCACAUUCUUAGGGAAAAAUAUGGUAUUAAAUCCCAUUGUCAUUGUACUAACAAACAGAAUUUACAAGGUGGAAAUUUUCCUACAAUGAAUGGUGUAUCUCAAGUUUUACAGAAUGUUCUUAAUCACAGUAAUAAAAUUUCUCUGUGCAUGCCUGAGUCUCAGCAGCAGAAUAUAGCUGAGAAGUCUGAGAACAGUGGCAACAGCAGCCCAAGGAGCGAUGUCAGCACAGAUAGCAAGUUAACUCCUCCAGAGUCACAAUCCCCACUACACUGGUUAGCAGAUCUUGCAGAGCAAAAAGCCAGAGAGGAAAAAAAAGAAAAUAAAGAUUCCGACCUUGAUAAGCAAAAUAAAGAAGAGCAAGAACAAGACAACUCUGAUUCUCCAAAUGGCAGAACAUCACCUCCUGUGUCUCAGAAUAACGAACAAGGCUCAACUUUACGGGAUUUGCUGACCACAACAGCUGGCAAGUUACGUGUGGGCUCUACAGAUGCUGGCAUUGCCUUUGCACCAGUAUAUUCAAUGGGAACCCCAAGUGGCAAAAGUGGACGGACUAUGCCCAACAUUCUUGAUGACAUAAUUGCUUCAGUUGUUGAAAACAAAAUUCCACCAAAUAAAUCCUCCAAGGUAAAUGUAAAACCAGAACCUAACGAAGAACCUCAAGAAAGCAGAAAACCUGUGAAUGAAAACAGUAAAUACAGUGAUAUACCACAUUCUUGGAUCUGUGAGAAGCAUAUUUUAUGGCUUAAGGAUUAUAAGAAUAGUAAUAAUUGGAAACUUUUCAAAGAGUGUUGGAAACAAGGGCAGCCUGCAGUAGUUUCCGGUGUACAUAAGAAAAUGAACAUAAGCUUGUGGAAGGCAGACUCUAUUAGUCUUGAUUUUGGAGAUCACCAAGCUGAUCUCCUGAACUGCAAAGACAGCAUUAUUUCAAAUGCCAAUGUUAAGGAAUUCUGGGAUGGUUUUGAAGAAGUGUCAAAACGACAGAAAACCAAAAGUGGUGAAACAGUUGUCUUAAAAUUGAAAGACUGCCCUUCAGGAGAAGACUUCAAGACUAUGAUGCCAGCAAGGUACGAAGAUCUUUUAAAAUGUCUGCCAUUGCCGGAGUACUGUAAUCCAGAAGGAAAAUUCAAUUUGGCAUCUCAUUUACCAGGAUUUUUUGUACGUCCUGAUCUGGGACCUAGGUUGUGCAGUGCCUAUGGUGUAGCUGCUGCUAAAGAUCAUGAUAUAGGAACAACAAAUCUCCAUAUUGAAGUUUCUGAUGUUGUAAACAUUCUAGUCUAUGUUGGCAUAGCAAAAGGAAAUGGCAUUCUCUCAAAAGCAGGAAUACUCAAGAAAUUUGAAGAGGAAGAUCUGGAUGACAUUUUAAGGAAAAGAUUGAAGGACUCAAGUGAAACACCUGGUGCUCUGUGGCAUAUUUAUGCUGGGAAAGAUGUUGACAAGAUAAGGGAAUUUCUUCAAAAGAUUUCAAAAGAACAGGGCCUUGAAGUUCCACCAGAACAUGAUCCAAUACGUGACCAAAGUUGGUAUGUGAACAGAAAGCUCCGCCAAAGGCUGCUUGAAGAGUAUGGAGUCAGAACAUGCACUCUUAUUCAGUUUCUUGGUGAUGCCAUUGUUUUACCAGCAGGAGCACUUCAUCAGGUACAGAAUUUUCACAGCUGUAUUCAGGUAACUGAGGACUUUGUGUCUCCAGAACAUCUUGUACAGUCAUUUCACUUAACACAAGAGCUGAGGCUUUUAAAGGAGGAAAUCAAUUAUGAUGAUAAGCUACAGGUUAAAAAUAUAUUAUAUCAUGCAGUCAAAGAAAUGGUGAGAGCUUUGAAGAUACAUGAAGAUGAAGUGGAAGACAUGGAGGAAAAUUAAGUGCUGUCCAGUUUGAUGUUUUUAGGCCAUUGACCUGGUAUUACUUAUUUUUGAAUGAUGAUAUGUAUGCACACUGACUUAAGCUUCAUAAAACCAUCAGUGCCAAGAAAUUCUCUUUGUAGUAAUUACUUGUUACUGACACCACAGCAGUAUAGCAUUAUGUCACAGCUACUGUGAUUCAAUGUUAGUUACGACGAAACAAGGUAAAUUGUUUAAAAAAAAAAAAACAGUUCCACAUAGCUGUUUUUGUAUUAUAGUGUAUAUGAUAUUUGUGAAGAUGCCAGAUUUAAAAUGAUGUAUUUAUUUUUGGUAAAAAAAAAAAAAAAACCUAAAUUCUAUGCUAUAUUGUUGAUCAAGUGUAAAUGUGACCUUGUACAGUUUACUAAAAUAACCAAUAUUUUUCACUACAUUGAGACAGUUACUGUGAGAAUAGGACACAAACACCAGCUAUUGCCUGUAUUUGGGAAAUUGCUGAAUCGCACAGCAGUCAUGUUGUAAUCAGAAAAUUACUGCCAAAUAACUGUAAAAUUUGUAAGAUAAUAUAAGUAUGUAACGUAGAAACUAAAUACAGACACUUCAAUAUUUUGUUGAAGCUAUUGACUGUACAAUUAAACAUUUUCAAAAGGUGUAAUUUAUUUAAAAUUGUCUCAUUUUGGUAAAAUUUAUGUGAACUUUUAAAGCUAAAUAUUAAACUUAAUAUGCUAUGUAAAUAUAUACAUAUAUACAUUUAAUGAUGUAUUUUUUUAAAACAUUGGCUUGCUUUUGUUAAAGUGCAAGUGUUACAUAUGGCUUUGUACAUUAAAGUUGAAAGGGGUUUUACAUUUUCCAUUAAAAGGACUUUAUCAAAAAUUGA